AUUUUGAAGGAUGUGAAAACGUUGAUGUCCAGUUGGACGAAACAAAUGGGUUUCCCGUUGGUGAGUGUACAGCAAACAGUGGACGGUAAUAAACGUGUUCUGAAACUCACUCAAAAGCGAUUCAUCGCUGACGGAACUGCCGAUGAGAAUAAUUCAGUGUGGCAGGUGCCAAUAACAGCUUCAACAAGCGCAGAUCCGAGUGUGAUCAAGCACCGAAUGUUGAUGAAAGAACGCGAGCAAGAGUUCGUGAUCGAGGGUGUGAAACCAGAUGAAUGGCUCAAGGUAAUGAUGUAA